AUGCAGUGCAUCGCAAAUUGCAACACCUCGUUAGACCUGGUCCACAGUGUUCUACAUUGCCUCUCUCACGUACCGCAACGUACUAUAAGCCACCGUCCGCCCGUUUUCGGUAGCAUACGACAGUCCGCCAUGGCUGCAUUGGUGCACCUUCUUGAGUCCUUGCAGGCCCGUCCCGAUGACGUCUUCUGCUUUGUGGAGACCCCCUUGCUCGCUACAACGCUGCCGUAUAGCAGCUACUUCGACCCUGAUUCGGGGUACAAGCCCAAGGUCGAGCUGCACGUGUGUAUCCUCUUCAACGCUUCGGGGAGUAUGGUCUUACCUCCGACCGUAGUCAGGCGACGCAAUGGCGCUCGCCCGUACCGACACGGCCUCCGCGAGGGCGACCACGUGCAUCUUCGUCAGACAAAGAGCGGCGAGUUGUCCGUAGAGUUCUUCAGCGAGUACAUUGGCAAUUUCAAUGGUGACCGGCUUGCGCACAACAAGACGGCUCUACUUCUCGUCUCCGGCAGGUUCCACCGCUCUCUGGACGCGUCGUCUAAGGAGGCCGUUGUCUCGGGGUUCCCCGUGCAGGAGCUAUCCAACACUUUGAUCGUUAACAUUGGCGGUGUCGUGGACCCUGUCAACUUCCCCUGGUUCAACAGCGUACUCGAGAUGUUCAAGACAAUCUUCCGCAGCAUUUACCUGUCCUUCGUAACCACGGACGCAGAGUGGCGCGCGAAGGGUUUAAUUCCUCUCAUUCUGUACGACAACCUGCUGGUCUGGGUGGGUAGGGCGUGGCGCCAUACGCCGCCUUGGGCGGUGCAUCUCACGUGGGCACGGUCUGGCGUUAUGCCCCUGGCGUGGCGCGAGCUCCUCCACCUAACCGAAUACCCGCCUACAGCCGUGACACGCGAGCCCCUCAUCAAGCAGUUGGUACAGCUGCAGGUCCUCAUCGACCGGUUCGCCAGAGCAAUGUCAUCUGGGAAACGAGCCGACAACGUGACGGAAGGUGUCAAGCUUGUGCACUACGACAGUGACGGCAUGCACGCCAAGGACGCAACCAUCAUCGAUGGUGUGAGGAAGACACUAUUCAUGAUCCACGAGGCGCAGCUGCCAACGGACGACCCUGUCAAAGCUGCUGCGAAAAUCCGGGAAGCAGAGCACAUAGUCAUACCGAAAGAAGGGAUUCCACAGCAGAGCAACGACAAGGACUGCGGUGUUUUUGUGUGCAUGUACAUGAAAUAUCUCGUAAGGUCGGAUUUCACCACGGUUCGCACGUGGGUGUCAUGUGACACUGUCACGGCCAAGGACUUUCGGCGUGGCAUGCGCGCAAAUGUAUGCAGUCUCGUUACUGGGGAGCUGAUGAUGCAACUACUACUGGAGGAGAUUGACGUGCCCCUUCAGCCCAUUCCAGUGGUGGGAGACCAGGGGGUACUGAUGUUCCCAAAUGAUGAUGACGUGCGCCUGGAGCUGGCACGGAUGUUGCGUGAGCGUACCAACCUGGAGCUGGGAGGGUUCGUGUUGGCCUCAGCGGUCACGAGCAUCGCAAAGGCACUGGGGUAUGACGUACCGGAGCUCCGGGCCGCAUGUGCGCAUGAGCUGAGCACGUGUGGGACGCCUCUUCUCCGACGGUCGUCCGCGGCGGAGAACUUAGCGGAGCGACAGGGCGCACAGGACACCCUGGCCGAUAUGCUGCACGAGAGACCCGAGCCACUACGUCCUGUCCCCGCGAUAUGGGCCCGCCGACAGCAGGAAGACACUGGCGCAACUCUCAAGGCGCGCAAGGACAGCAUUGAGACACCGGGUCCGCACACCCCUGAUACCUCACCAGACAAGGGUGGAGGCGUUGGAUUGAGAAAGCCACGAUCUGCAGCGGCGAAGUCAACGGCGUCUGCUGUCUCCGGGGAGAAAAAGAGGGGGGGCACGAGUGAGUACACGGGAGUCUGGUUCGAAACGCGGAGGGAGGAGGACGCGGCGUACGCGUACGCCGCAGGAGCAUUCGUGAUACGGAGGAAGGAUACCUUUCCCAAGGUCAUGGAACUAACAGCGGGCGAGAUGGCAGCGCUGGAGGGGUGCAUUGAGGAUGACAUGAGACACCUCGUGCAUAAACGGUAG